AUGACACUUACUUAUGUCUUUUUUCUCAUUUUGGUCUAUUUUUCUCCUUAUUCACUUCAAUAUGCAGCCUCGAAUGCCUUGCAGACACAUGCUCAUGCUGACCAACACCCCAUCACAGUCGCCAACAUCCAUAUGCGCAGCGAUCAAUCAUUGGCUUCUGCAUCUGAAGUUUCAGUACCAUCUUGCGACUCCACAUAUACCCAAGCUCGUGGUCCGCAAUCUCAGCAGCUCUCCCUGGCCCAGACAAAUUUGUCUCAGCAGCAGCAGCAGCAACAGCUGGCUGGUCUAUCUAAUUCACAUUACCUGGCCCCUCCUUCGGCAAUAGAGCCGGAAGGAAAGCAUGCCACUAGACUAGACGAAACUCCAUUCUCUGGUUUGUCUGGAGUGGAAAUAAACUCUUCUAAGAUGGACCGACCUGGAGUGAUCGGUCUAGAUGCUCCUAUUUCUUCAGCUGCCUAUCAAUUGCCUGGAUCUGACUGGAAUCGGUUGCACGCUCCGGCAGCACAAGCAGCUGUCGCUGAGUCUACUUCCUAUCUAACUUUUGCAUCUAGCCAGACUCCGCCGUGUAAGACGCAGCCGACCUCCCCGCCAACUGCGUCUGUCUCUCUUACGGUUCAACCGCCCUGA